CGACGCAAGGUGUUCUUCAAGUAUGAGAAGCGCAUCAGGGACCUGUCCCCUCCAGACAAAGUGUUUGACUAUUUUGCGUCCAUUACUGGCGCUGAUGGCAAUAGGUAUAUGACGCCAGCAGAUCUGUUGCACUCCCUGGUGGCUGUGUACCCAGCUGAAGGGUCAAGCGCAGAGCGCUCAGGUGCACUGCAAGGAGAUCGACGCGCUCACGACUUCUUCAAGCAAUUUGACACGGAUGGCGACGGCUACAUUUCCUUCACAGAAUACCUGAUGAUUGUCACUUUCCUUGCAAUUCCCUUGGAGGCAAGAUUCCUGCUCUGGGCAGCUUUGAAUAUCAUAUUUUCCAUGUUUGAUGACGAUGACAGUGGAGCGAUUUCUCUGCAAGAGUUCAGGAGAGUAACCACUGCUCUGAGAUUACGGUUGAGGCGGGUCAGCCACCUACAACGCACUGGACUGCAGACAGACACAGGGGAUGAGACACAAGGGUUGCUGGUGACCUUCUUUGGGAAGAAGGGGCAGGAUCAGCUGGACCUGAAGCAUUUUGCAGCGUUCUGCACAGAGUUGCACGCAGAGCUUGUAAGGCUGGAGUUUCUCCAUUAUGACAUCAAGGGACAGGGUUACAUAUCUGGGACGAGCUUUGCCCACAGCCUGGUCUCUCAUUGCAACAUGCGGAAUGUGGACCACUUCCUGAGCAGAAUUGACAAUUUACCUGAUAAGAUCAAGGCCUUGAAGGUGACAUGGGCAGAGUUCCAGCAGUUUGCACAACUGCGACAAAAUGUGCACAAACUGGCGGUUGCCCUGGAUUUCUUCUACUCCACAACGGACCGGAUAGGCCGCGCCGAUUUCCAACGCGCUGUGGCCAAGAUCCUGGGAGACACACUUGCUGAGGACUUGGUGGACGUCAUCUUUGCUAUCUAUGAUCCCAAAGAGCAGGAUAAUUUGGCCUACAAGGAAUUGCUGUAUGCCCUGGAGAAGAGAGAAGGCAACAUGAUAUAUGCCAAACAGAUGCUGGAUUUGAAUUCUGACACAGAGGUGCAAAGUGUCUUCAGUCGCCUCAGAAGCUCUUUUAUGCCACAAUAA